ACACAGACACAAAGCACCGAAAAUGGCGGUUUCUUCUGGAACAUUCUCUACCUUCCUCUGCAUCAAAACAACAUCUUUCCACAACCCAUCAACUCCUCCUCCUUCGUCUCUCCGGCUAGCCUCUCACCCGGCGGCUAAACUACGCUUAGUCCGAGCUGUAACAUCUGCGACGGCCUCUUCAGAACCAACCGCAACCAAUAAGAGAGUGCCACGCGGCAUCAUGAAGCCUAGACCAGUGUCUCCGGAGAUGCAAGACAUCGUCGAACUUCCUGAAAUCGCUCGCACACAAGCUCUUAAGCGUAUUUGGGCUUAUAUCAAAGAACAUGACCUUCAAGACCCACAAAACAAGAGAGAAAUACUGUGUGAUGAGAAGCUGAAGAAGAUAUUCGAAGGCAGAGAUCGGGUAGGGUUCUUGGAGAUUGCAAAGCUCAUCGGUCCUCACUUCCUCUGAUGGAAUUUCCGCGAAACUUUAUUUGGAUGAUAGUCUAUGUUUUGUUGAGCUGUUAGGGCCAUGAAAGAGAAGGGUAUCUUAAGUUGGGGAAGACUUAGAUUAAGAUUAGUAAAUUAGGGUUUUUUGC